GGGUUGCACGAGCAGCAGUGGGAGCGGUUCGUUACAGCCCACUGGUAUGGGGGGGGGAGGAGCGACAAAAGAGGCCAAUGGCUGUUCGUCGUUGUGCGUUUUUCCCUUGCCAUCUACUGGACUGGGUGGCUGUUGUCGGAUAUUCUCCUGCGUGCUUUUGGCGUCGGUCCAAUGUACGACCAGGUUCCGACGCAGCGAGAAAAAUGGCCGAUCUAUCUCACUUGCUUGUCUGCUCUGCUUGAGGCGAUCUACCUCCUUCUUUCUGCAGUUGUCUGCUUACUUUUCACCCUCGAGAUUUAUCCGUCCUGUCGGUCAGCAGCGCGACCUUCUCGCCUGGAACCCUCUGUGGCCGAUGACGGAUCACAAACUGGUUCUCUAGAUAAAGAUUCGAAGUACUCACAUCAUUCUUCAGGAAAGGAGGCUAGCGGCAGGGUAGAUGUCGACGUGGUCGACGAAGGACGUGUCCACGUGGCCAACGAAGGACUUGUUCACGUGGCCAACAACGGGCACGUCUACGUGGCCGACGAGGGGCACGUUCACGAGGCCAACGCCGAGCUCGUGCACGUGGCCAACGUGGGGCUCGUCCACGUGGCCAACGAGGAGCACGUCCACGUGGCCAAUAAUGGAUCAGAAACUGGUUCGCUAGCUGCAGAUCCCAUGCACGUAUCGGACAGGACGUCUUCACGGAGGCACGCGUGCUGCAGGUUGCAUGUCGACGUGGUGAACGAGCAAUCUAGAACUUGUUCGCUAAACAGAGGUUUCACGUAUUCGUUGGGCGAUUUUUCAGCGAAUCACGCUGCAUGCAGGAUUCACGUCGACGUGGGCAGUGAGGGAUCAGACAUUGUUUUAGUAGAUAGACCUAAGUACUCUCAGACUGAUGCUCUUUCCGGACCGCACCGUAGAUGCAGGCUGCAUGCAGACGUGGCCGAGUCGAAUGGCAGUUUGCAUGCAGACGGGGCCGACGUGAAAAGCAGGUUGCAUGCAGACAGGGCCGACGUAAAAAGCAGAUUGCACGCAGACGGGGCCGACGUGAAAAGCAGGCUGCAUGCAGAAGGGGCCGACGUGAAUAGCAGGUUGCCCGCAGACGGGACGGACGUGAACGGCGGGUUCCAUGCAGACGUGGCGGACGUAAAGGAGCGGACACAAAUUUGUUCGUUAGACAAAGGUCCAAGGUACUCUGACGGGUGUUCGGACGAGGACGCUCGCUGCAGACAGCAUGUGGAUGUGAGUGGCGAUGGAAACGAGUGUCGCAAGCAGUUCGCUGCCGAGGAGAAGAACAGGGGUCCCGGCGGAGAUGGUGGCUGUGGCGGGUAUUGUGUGCAGGAGAAGGGAGAUGGCAGCAGAUGCCUGCACGUGGCAGAGGACUCAAGUCACCACAAGCUCCUCGAGCUCCCCUGGGUCUAUCGCAUGAUCUGGGUGCUGCGGAACGUUCAAGCAACUUGCACUUUCGAAGUCUUCUUUUUCUUCUCCCUGUGGGCAGCCCUGUAUUCCUUACCCUACGAUGCUCUCGACACUCAACUCCAUUGUAUGAACUUCCUGAUCACACUGGCUGACGUCGCGCUGUCUGCGAUCCCGAUGCGAGUCCUACAUUUCUAUCAACCUUUGGCAGCCGGGAUUGCGUAUUGCGCUUUCUCUGUCGUCUUCUGGGCUGCUGGUGGUCGGAACGAGAAGGGCCAGCCGUACAUAUACACUGCGCUAAAUUACGAAGAGGAACCUAAGAGGGCGGCUGUGUAUGUUGUCGUACUAUGCCUGCUUGUUGUGCCGAUCACUCAUUUCCUGUUCUGCUUGUGGAGUUACACGUGGUCCCGUAUCCUCGCGCCACGUAGACACCAUGCCUCUCGUCCUUGCGAACUAGCAGAUAGUACGAUCCCUGAGGAGACUAUUCGGUUAGAGAUAGAGCGAUGAAGAGAGAGAGAGAGAGAGAGAGAGAGAGAGAGAGAGAGAGAGAGAGAGAGAGAGAGAGAGAGAGA